UCACCUAGCAACGACCGAAAACUGAUAAAUAAUAUUUUCAGAGGGAAUGAGCAACAAGGGUAUGUCUGUAACGAUCUUAUGUUAGCAAACGCUUCAUCGAUCAAUAUAACGAAAUGCAAGCGGCCAUGUUUUUGCCCCGUGACCACAUGACGUGUUCAUCACAUGAUCGGUUACGCGAGCAGAUCGUGCAUGCGUGAAUCCGUCGAAGCGCGCUUUCACCGAUAAAGAUGGCCGCCUGUGUGUUGCGUAGAGGUCUGCUGAGUACUUUCAGUAAAUACAACAAUAAACAUGGGCCUAGAUUACUAAGUGUGGCAGACACCAUGUUGGAAAUGUAUAGACCACAGUUAGAAUGUCGAGCCUGCGGAACGUACGGUGUCGCUCAGCAAAGGAGGUUCAUGUCGUCACGGAACAGGCCUGAAGGGAAGAUUUUGGAGACCGUAGGCGUGUUUGAGGCUCUGAAGCAGCACGGCAAGUACGAGACAGGACAGCUCUUUCUCCACAGUGUCUUUGGCUAUAGAGGUAUUGUCUUGUUUCCAUGGCACGCCCGACUGUACGAUAGAGACAUCACACCUCCAAUGUCUGAUAGCAAGCCUGAUCCCCCUGGUGCCCAUGGCUCAAAGGAAGUGAAGGGGAAGACUCACACUUACUACCAAGUCCUGAUUGAUACUCGAGACUGCCCUCAUAUUUCUCAGAGGUCCCAGACCGAAGCGGUGACGUUUCUGGCUAACCAUGAUGACAGCAGAGCACUGUACGCCAUCCCAGGUCUGGACUAUGUGAGCCAUGAAGACAUCCUGCCCUACAAUUCUGCAGAGCAGAACCCCAUCCAUCAUGAACUGUUUGAGCGCUUCCUCAUGUAUAACCCUGCCAAAUCUCCUCCUUUCAUCCCCAGAGACACCCUAAAAGCAUGGCAGGAAAAGAACCACCCUUGGUUGGAGCUCUCUGAUGUCCACAGGGAGACCACUGAGAAUAUCCGGGUCACUGUCAUCCCCUUCUACAUGGGCAUGAGGGAAGGCCAGAAUUCUCAUGUAUACUGGUGGCGAUAUUGCAUCCGUUUGGAGAACAUGGGCAAUGAGGUGGUUCAGCUGAGAGAGAGACAUUGGAGGAUCUUCAGCCUGUCUGGAACCCUGGAGACUGUCCGAGGUCGUGGCGUGGUGGGCAGGGAGCCAGUGCUGUCCAAAGAGCAACCAGCAUUUCAGUAUAGCAGCCAUGUCUCUCUCCAAGCUCCCAGUGGUCACAUGUGGGGAACCUUUCGUAUUGAGAGGACUGAUGGCUCACACUUCGAUGUUCGGAUUCCUCCUUUCUCCCUGGAGAGUAACAAAGAUGAUAAAGCCCCCCCUGCAGGCUACACAUUUUAACUGCGAGUAGUCGCUCCCACCCUAUCAUUUACCUCUGCCUUCAGUAUCAGAAAAAUUAGUUGGUGGAAGGGAUGAUGAUAAGCAUUUUCUAGAUCUUCCAUAUGCACACAUUUCCUUUUUUUUUUCUCAAGUGCAUAAGAAUACACUUGUUGCAAGGUUAACUUGAUUUGAAGCAGACUCAACCUGAAUGGAUGUGGGUGGGAAACAAGCAUGGAAAACAAAUGUUCUGCUGUAGAGCAGAUCAUUUUUGGCACUGAAAAGCUGAAGUAUUGGCCAGGGUGGUAGCCUGCUGAGGUUGUGUUCCGAAAGAGAGCAACUACAGUGGUGCCUCAGAUGAUUUCGCCAUGGUGGUGUUAUUCAAAACAUAAUGCUACAAUGUGUUGAUUCCUGUUUUCAUGUUAACAUUUAUUCACACUGCUUUUCUGUUCAUCUUUGCCUAACUGUUUUUCAUGAGGGAUGUCUGAGCAGUUUACAAAAGUAAAAUGUUCAUGCAUUACAAGGUUUUUUUCAACAUUACCAAAGGAAACAAUACAUGAAAGUAGAUUGUUGCAGACUGAUCACCUACCAACUUGCAAAUGUGUAAGACGCAGUACCCUCUUUAAAAAGUACUGUCCUCAGUGAAAGUGGCAGCGGUUAACUUCUUAAAAUAAAUGUCCACAGAAAUGGGAAGAGUCACACUGUUUCUUUUGGUUGAAUACCUAAUACUGAAGUAUAAGAAUGUGGUGUCAAAAUCUAAACGGAAUUUCUACCAAAAGUCUCGUUUUUUCCCGUCUGUAACACCUGAAGUGCACCAUUGGUGAAGAAGGUGGGGGGCAGUAGCAGUCAAAGUGUUUGUAAAAUGGCUAUUUUCAUCCCUGUAAAAAAAAAAAUAUUGUCUUGUAGAGAGGGUGUCUCGUUCAGGACACAUAUUUGACUUUGAAAGACACUUUGAAUGAGCCAAAAUUACUCUGGGUUCACAAACAAAGUAUUCUUUCAGAAUUGCCCUUUGAUAAGUGAAUCUGAAGUCCUAUGGUUGGAAUACUGUAAAUAGGAAUGUAACAAAAGGCAAAUAAAUGUUUUGAAAAAUA